AUGCUUGAACAACAUGCACCUCACGUCUUCACCCUCUCCACCUCUCCCCACCGCCAACGCAAGCCCCCCACGCAACAGCUUCCACGCAGCAUCCUCAAAAAAACAUCCCCAGCAUCUUGUCCACCAUCUUGCUCAACACUUUCAUCGCCUUCGAGCAUAACUUCGCCAAUGACGUCGCCACGAUCCAGUGACUUUGCAAUCCCGGCCUAUCACUCGAACCAAUGGACUGUUGUCGGGAUCGCAAAAGCACAGCAGCGGCGACAGUCCAACCCAGUUGCGUUACCAAUCCUAUCACAGAACACGAGCCUGACAGUGACAUUGCUCUACAUGCCAACAGAGACGCUGUAUGCCUGGCCCUUCAACUUGUCUUCGCCCGACGCCAAAGGAGUCUGCUACGAGACGUACGCUGCUGGCAAACAUGACGGACACACUCGCAGGCCUCCAGAAGGGAUGAUGAGCAUCAGUCUACGUGUGCUGGCAGAUGUUAUUCGAUGCUGGAUGAAGAUCCGUCGAACACGAGCUGCUCUGGCGAAGCGCGGAGGACCCGAAAGCAGCUCAAUCUCCAGCAGGCUCAACUCGUCUCCCUCCUCUGUGGACGACGUUGUGGACAAUGAUGAGGUUAUUGACGAGAUCGUCGAAGCGUUAGACCUUCAUCCGCUAGCCCCGCUAGAAAGAUCAAUCCAUCUUCUACGCCAGGUUCUACCAGAGCAGCCCGGAUCUCCUACCCGAUCAGACAACGAAGGGUGUCUUCGGCAACGCGAAAGUAUUCUGACGUCCAGCGGCUCGGACAGCGACCUGGACUCGCGUCAUCGCAGCGAACCCUCGGUGUCUAGUCGCGCCAGCACCGUCGAGCCAAGUCUCGAAGACCUGCCCUCCAAAAAGACUUCUUCGCCUAAGCUUCCCAAGAUCAACACUACCUUACCUUCGCUCUCCCAGCAGAAUACCCCUUCAGUGCCGCAGAUCUGCUUGGUGGAAGCAACACCGCAGGAAGCAGAGUAUGAGGAACGUGAUCGAGCAUUGGAGAAGGCUCGUCCGAUCAGCAGUCGCAACAGUAGCUUCAACAGUCGCAGUAUGGACACUGUACACGAGAAUGAUUCCGAAGACGACGACAACAACACUUGCGACUCGACGCUCAGAGAAGCAACGCCCACGCAUGAUAGUGGCGAAGUCACAUUCAUCAAGAUCCACCCUUGCGACCGUCGGCCGCUCGAACAACAUUCCGCAAGCCCAAAGACGGCAACACCUGCUGCGCUGAACCCAAAGGAACCUAUCGCUGCGAACAGCGAGCGCACUCAUAGCUCAUCACCUAGCAAAGUUUCCUUCCCAGACCCUUUCAAAAGCUUGCAGCGCUCCACCUCCAAGCCUGACAUCCGCGUCGAGACCAUCGAGUAUGGCAGUCCUGACUCGCUGCUGGUCUCGUCAAACAAAGAUAGUGUUGACAAAAGCAGCAAGACUGAAUCCUCGAGGAGGCCGUCAUUUGAAGGUUUAAGGGCAAUGUUUGGCAGCAUUAGAAGCAAGUCUCAGUAUUCCUCCAGUCUCUCAUCCUAUUAG